CUGCGUUAAAUAGGAAGUUCCCGUUCGAACAAAGCAUUGUGAAAGCUUUCUUUUGUUGGCCAAGCUGAAGGUCGCAGCAUCUGAGGAACAGAGAGAGAGAGAGAGAGAGAGAGAGAGGAAACUAUCUUCAGAGAAAUCCAGCGUCAAGGGGACUGAGAAAAUCUGGUUCUUCUCUCUCUAUCCAUAACUGGAAGAUUUUUCAGUUUAUUCUCCGUGUGAAUUCAUUCAUGGGUUCGAAUUUAGAGCCUGCAGAAGAAGGACAGAACAGGAAGCCCCUAGGAAUUCAAUUCUUAGAGUACAUAAAGAGAUCCUCCCUGUCCUUCAAAACUCACCAAGCCAUUGUCCUGAUAGUUACAUUCUUGGCAUACGCAAGCUACCAUGCCACCAGAAAAACUACAAGCAUUGUGAAGAGUGCUCUCGAUCCUCAAUCAUCAGAUUUAGGCUUGAAGUCCUUCCCAUUUCAAAGAGCUUACUUUCAUAAAAGGGAAGGGAAUUCAUGGGUUCUUGGGAGCGGCUGGGCGCCAUUUGACAGCUCGGAUGGCACAGCCUUGCUCGGCGAUCUUGACGUGGCUUUCCUCUCCGUGUACGCCCUGGGGAUGUACUUCUCCGGCCAUUUGGGUGAUCGAAUCGACCUCCGAAUUUUUCUGACAGUAGGAAUGCUAGGGACAGGAUUGUUCACUUCGUUGUUUGGAGUCGGAUACUGGGGGAACAUCCAUGUGUUCUACUACUACUUGAUCGUCCAAAUGCUUGCCGGUUUGUUCCAAUCAACCGGCUGGCCUUCUGUAGUUGCAGUUGUAGGGAACUGGUUCGGGAAGAAGAAGAGAGGCCUCAUAAUGGGAAUCUGGAAUGCUCAUACAUCGGUUGGAAACAUCACAGGCUCCUUGGUUGCUUCAGCCCUGUUGAAAUACGGAUGGGGCUGGUCCAUGGUUGUGCCUGGCCUCAUGAUUGCAUUCAUUGGCUUGUUGGUUUUCAUGAUCUUGCCGGUUAAUCCCGAGUCAGUUGGAGCUGAUGUAGAUGAAGACGACAAGCUGCCUACUGACAAGAAAGAAGGAGAAGAAGGGCCAACAGAACCGCUGUUGAGAUCAGAAACAGAUAACGAGAAUGAGAAAGCUGUAGGGUUCAUACAAGCAUGGAAGAUACCUGGUGUUGCUCCUUUUGCUCUUUGCCUCUUCUUUGCCAAGUUGGUUGCUUAUACAUUUCUGUAUUGGCUUCCAUUCUACAUCAGCCACACAGCUAUAGACGGGAAGUACCUGUCGAAUGAGGCAGCCGGGAACUUAUCAACAUUGUUUGAUGUCGGAGGAGUGAUUGGGGGAAUCCUUGCCGGCCACAUUUCAGAUCGUCUCGAUGCCAGAGCCAUAACAGCUGCGAGCUUUAUGUACUGCACCAUCCCGGCUCUCUUCUUGUACAGAUGCUAUGGACACGUUUCCUUGACUGUAAACAUUGGGCUCUUGCUAAUUGCUGGCUUGUUUGUGAAUGGACCUUAUGCUCUCAUAACAACCGCAGUUUCAGCAGACCUCGGGACACACAGCUCCCUGAACGGCAACUCGCGAGCCCUAGCAACCGUCACGGCAAUCAUAGAUGGGACGGGCUCCAUCGGAGCCGCCAUUGGACCGUUGCUGACAGGGUACAUAUCCGAGAAGAGCUGGAGUGCAGUUUUCACCAUGCUGAUGGCUGCAGCCCUGGUGGCUGGGCUGCUUCUGACCAGGCUUGUUGUGGCUGAGGUGGCCGCGAAGAUCGACCAAUCGAGAUCCCAAGGGGCCGCAUCUCGGCCUCCUACACCUGCACAUGAAGUAUGAUUUCUUUAGGUCCUUUGCUAAUGGUGCGCGAAGAUCCCAAGAGUGCUUUUAAGCUCUGGGACGGAAGCUUUUGGUCAUUUGUUUAUAGGACAAUGCUAGAUGAACAAUUCUGAAUCUGAGACUCAGAAGCAAGUAGAAAGUAACAGUGUGAUUUGAUAGACUAGAAGAUGUGAGAAGUGUGCAGGCAGGAGGGGCCAAAAUUAAAGCUCUCUCAAUCUGCACCAGUUAUACAGAUUGUGAUGUACAUUCUCUAUACUCCACGAUAUGUACAUUUUUGUACCCA